GUGCUUUUGUCUCGUCAGUGGCCGCUGACGCUAGUGCGUUACGUGUGUGUCAGGUUGUGAGUGCGUGUCUGGUGUCGUAAACAAAGUGCCUUCGGCGUGGCGAGCACGCGUUCCUGCGGAUCCACGACGGAUUUAUGUACGACGCGAAGAUGCGCGAACACGACGACCUGUCGAGGUGUUUCAUGCCGGGCCAUCACCAGCAGCAGCAGCAGCCGUCGCCGAUCCAGGCACCGUCGCCGCAAGCUCCGGGCUUGGACGCCCUGCACAGCCUCUGCAGACAGAUCUAUCCCGACCAGUGCAAUCCGCUCACAGUCACGGCAGUCGUGAAAUAUUGGUUAGGAGGACCCGAUCCCCUGGAUUACAUCAGUAUGUACGCCAGUCCAGGAUGUCCCGAGCUCGGAAUAUCUCCACACUGGCACUACAUCAGCUUAGGAUUAUCUGAUUUGCACGGAGACGGCCGGCUGCAUCCUAAAAAUGGUCCGGGUCGUCCCAGCGGGUUCGGCUUCGAGUUCACCUUCCGGCUGGCACGCGAAAGGGGCGAGACGACGCCGCCCACGUGGCCGGCGAACAUGUUGCAGCAAUUGGCAAAGUAUGUUUUCAGUUCCGGAAACACGGUGAUGCCGGGUGACCACGUCUCUUGGCAUGCUCCGUUGAACGGCGAAAGCGGUCGCAUCACGCAGAUCUUGAUGGGCACGGAUCCGCAGCUCCCAAUGUCGAUUUCCACACCCCACGGCGAGGUCGCGUUCGUUCAGAUUGUCGGCGUCACCUCUGAGGAGCUACAGGCCGCCCAGCACUGGAAUGGCCUGGGCGUCGUUAACUUGCUGAAGAGCGCGCCGGAAUGUGGCCCGUGGUUAAUCACGGACAUGAGGAGAAUGCACUCCAUUAUGGAGAACGAUCCUUCCAUAGCAGAGAAGAUACAGCACGGCAUCGAGAGAGACGGAUCAAACUUGAGCGGCGUGUCCGCCAAAUGUUGGUGGGUGCAAAUUACGGGCGACAAGAGCGCAGAGAGAUACCGAGAACGGAGGGACGAUUCUGACGACGACGAGGGGGAGGAGGACGUGAAACCGAUGGUGAAAACGGAGAGACUGUCGCCGUGCGAGCAGGACGCCGACGAAAGUAGUAUUAAAAUCUUGUCCGGGCUGCACCUUACGUUCAAUCUCGAAGCCGGCUCCUUGCUGCCGCUGGCGAUAAGGGGUCGUGUGAUGCACGGGAGGCACUUCACUUUUAAGUCCAUAUUGUCCCACUCGGCUGUUACGAUAGUAGCACCGUCAGUCACAGGCACCUUAGUCGCUAAAGAGAAGCCGUACGUUCUUCAGGGACCGUGGCUGCAGGUUCUUCUCUCGGAAGAACUGUACGAAAGAAUGGCUCAAGAAUUCCAAGUCUUGAAUACACCGGACAAGAUCCAAUUGCCAAAGACAUUCUCUUGGCCGGAACAUAAAUUAGUCAUCACCAUCAUUAAUGAUUGAAUUUCCGCGACAACGGCGCGAUUCCUAAAGAUCAUCGCCUCGUCAUCUGCCGAUCACAUAUCUCUCUCUCGUCUCAUUGAUAUAAAUAUAUAUUUAAGUUAGCGCAAUAAAAGUAUUAUUGAGCCUCGUUCAAAAUCGAGGUUUUUAUUUAUAGCGUCGACUCUGUAUCGACCUAGCUUAAGAUUUUUAUAAUUUAUAAAUUUUAUACGUCUCUGUACGCGCGUGUUUAAAGGGGAUCAAUUCGCUCAUCAAUGUGCGAAAGCAGAGAUUGGGUGUUUUCUUUAAUAACAGACGUCUCCGUCGACGGACGUUUCUUCAGAGCAAUGUAUUUUUGUACAACGAAUAUUACCACCUAUCUCUCUUUUACAAAUUGAUGCCUGUUCAUAUAUACGGAAGAUUUACGACAUAUUGUUUCUUUCUUCCAUAACUCGUUGAACUUUCCACAAGGAAGACAGAUAACUCCGUAUUAUUUGCGAAAACAAAUAUACGAAAACAAAAGCAUGAUAAAACGUCGUGAAUCUUUCUCUGCGUGUGUAUGUAUUUAAUUUUGUAUAUAUAACAGUAUAUAUAAAUUAUACACACUAUUAUACA